CCUGUACACACCCUCUUCUAAAAUCCACUCUUUGCGAUGGUGAAAUUCAUCAAGGCUGGCAAAGUUGUCGUUAUCUUGCAGGGUCGUUAUGCCGGCAAGAAAGCCGUUGUCGUUCGCAACCACGACGAAGGUACCAAGGACAGACCCUAUGGUUAUGCUGUCGUUGCCGGUGUUGAGCGCUACCCCUUGAAGGUGACCAAGGCUAUGGGCAAGAAGAAGCUUGCCAAGCGUUCCAAGGUCAAGCCUUUCGUCAAGAUUGUGAACUACAACCACAUGAUGCCCACCCGCUAUGCUUUGGACUUGGAGCAGGUCAAGGGCACUGUUUCCGCCGAGACUUUCAAGGAUGCCACCCAGCGCACUGAAUCCAAGAAGGUCAUCAAGAAGCUUUUCGAGGAAAGAUAUCAGACCGGCAAGAACAAGUGGUUCUUCAGCAAGCUGAGAUUCUAAGCA